GCGAAGCGGCGCGUCAUAGCGUGUGGGUCUGUGUCAGUGACAGUGUCUAGUGUCAAGAAUAGACAGCGCGCUAUGGACUGGAGACUUCUAUUGUUCUUCUCCCUCACAGGUGGGAUCCUUGCUUCCAAGCCUCUUCUAAAGCCGCCAAAUUCUUCAAUCGACAAAUUUGAGAAUGAGUCAAUUGUCAUAUCCUGCUACACAUCAGCUGAUACCGAAGAAACAGUCACCUGGACAGCACCCAACAAGAGUAUUAUACCCAAUGUUGGCAGGAUCCACUACGAAAAGAUGGGGAAGACUUCUAUACUGCUGUUUGAUCACAUCCAGUACAACGACCGCGGACAGUAUACGUGCACGUCGGAGACCAAGGAGACGGCUUUUGUCAAACUCAAUGUCAUUAAAACAUCACAGUUUAUCAACACUCCCAAGGAGCACCGAGUGAAAGAGUACCAAAGUACACUCAUACGGUGUGAGGUUGACGUUGAUCCUAAGCCACAGAUGUCAUGGAAGAAAGACGGCAACUUUGUGGAUGUUUCGGGAACGAAAUACGUGAUGGAGUCGAAAGGACUGAAGAUUCUGAAUGCUACAAGAAAUGACACAGGGGUAUACACAUGUCGCGCAAUACAGGGCAGCAGUGACAGCAGCUACAUCCAGAGCAUCGACAUCUCUCUUAAAGUCCAACAUAAACCGGAAUGGAAGACGCAAACAACAGAUCCUGUGGUAAUGUACGGGUACAUAGGCGGAGAGACGAACCUGACUUGUGAGGCUGUAGCGCAGCCCGAGGCAGACUACACUUGGAACAAGCAGGGGAAGGAUGUCAAGCACUGGAAGUACAACUACACCGAGAUAAUGGAGGGAGAUCGAAGUGUUCUUAAGCUUUACAUCCACAGCGAUGUAGUUUUCGGAAUCUACAACUGUCAGGCAAGGAACAAAUUUGGGACGAUCAGCAAGGCUAUCGAGCUAAAAGAAGGAGAGAAACCUGGACCUCCUACGGGAGUCCGCGUGGUUAAGACUGAGGUCCACACUGCGGAGCUGAAGAUCGCCAGCGACGUAGUAGACCUGGUGGGUUAUAGAGUGCAAUUCGUUGUCACUCUGCCAGGUCAAGAGGUCACCUGGGAACAACCUGAGUACCAGGAUCUACCCAAGACGGAGGACAACCACUACACCAUCAUUGACCUCCUAGAGAACACAUCCUACACGGUGAGGGUGGCAGCUCGCGGCCCUGCAGGGCUCAGUGACUAUACGGAAUCUACCUACACCCUCCGGACCCUUAAGGUUGGAGAUAUGACCACGAGUAGGACUUCUGUGUGUACCGUAUACUGGCUCGUCGUGCUGCUCGCUCCACUCGUUCUGCUGACCUCCGUCCACUAGACUGCGCAAGGAGAGAUCCCGAUCACUCCCGCAUCUGGAGAUCGGCCCUCCGUGGUACAGUGCAGAUACCACUAAGACUUCGGGGUUCCUCCAUUCAACACUAACUACUUUUUGUUACUGAAAGUGAAUUACUCGUAAAUACAGCAUUAAUGCUUCCGCAAAUGUAUGCAAAACAAUGCGUAAAUUGUAUGAAAAUUCUCUUAAUUUACUUGGAUUUACAAAAUAUUGAUCGUAAAAAUUAAAUAUGAUUUUCAUUUUCAUGUUUUAACAAACUUAAAAUUUAACUCUUAAUUUCAGAACUAUAUGAAUAAAAUUUUAGCUAGGCAAAAGACUUUAGAUUUGUAAUAUUGCUUAGGAAUUUUGUAUUUUGUUGACUGGAGACGUUAUAAUAAAAGCAUUGAACAUAAUUGUGCGCCAAAAACGGAAAAAGUUAACAAACAAACGCGCUAUUCGAUACCAAAGUUUGUAUAGUAGAAAUUAGUCCUAAAAAACGACCAAAGGUCAACUUUAAAAAUCACUACGAACAGAUUUGACUGUUGAACAUUUUACUUUGGGAUUUGUCCAUUUCUUUAUAUUCCAUGCGUGCGUGUGUUUGGGCGACUGUUGAAACCCUACCUAACUUCUUGUUAUAAAUAUAUAUAAAUUAUUAAUAUGGCAGUUGUGUUUUAAAAAUUUGACCAAUUUACCUUAUAGUUCUAUAGAAAACAUAUUUAUAUUUAUAAUAGUACUAACAAUAUUUUUAAUAUAAAAGUUGUUAUAAAGUUAAAAGUUUAUCAGCUGUGAUUUGUAUUUCCAAAUCAAAAUUAUUAUAAGACUAUUGUAGAGAUUGUUGAGUUAUAUUUCCAUAUACUCAUUUACUCCUUAACCCAUAUAUCUUGAUCACAGUUCUCUAAUAAAAGAAAAAUGUCAAAUAAAUUUAAAAAUUAAUUAAAAAAGAUUUAUCAUGAUUUUUAUGUAAACGGGAAAUGUUAAACAAUGUAUCAAAUGACCGGGAUUUUGCUCCAAUAUAUUAAAUUUUUUUAGAAUAAACAAAUUUUGCAUAAGAAUAACUACUUAUUUAUACAUAUAUUUUGUUUACUGUCUCUUAUUUGACUUGUGCUUCUGAUGAUUAAUGUUGCUUUCCUCUUCCAUUUUUUGACAACAUAACUAAGUUUCAGGCUAAACAUGAAUGUGGCGAAAUUAUAUAAACAUUUUCAUUAUUGAUAUUACAAUGCCUAGUGACUAAUGAAUAGUUAAUAUCUCAAUAUCUGUUAAUUACAAAUUUGUCAGAAAAUUAACCAAACCAAAAUGUCGUGUAUAUAUAGCUAUUAAAUUUGUGUACUCUCGCAAAGCGCCACUUAUGGAAAUUUAUUAAAAUAGCUUUGAAGCAUAAACGCCUGGCCAUAGGGAAACAUGUACUGUACCUAUUGAAGUUGAGAUUAUAAAACACAAUUAUAAAUAUAUAUACCUGUUGAGAGUGUGAUGCUUAUGUAUGUGUGAUAUAUGUUUCACGGUCGAGAUAUAUUUGUAAAUAUGUAGAAUACGAGUAAGAAGGUGAUGUGAAUCUCUUGUAUAUACAUAGUAUAAAUUAAGUAGAUAUAAGCUGUAAACGGCAGUCGUCUCCUCUGUACUAGUCACAUUAGGUCGAUUAUUUUAUUUUUUAUAAAGUUACAUAUGUAUUCGUACUGUGUCCAAAUAAAAAUAUAUUCACUUUUCUACAUAUUCGUAUACUUAAUAACAUCCAAUAAGUAACUUCCGGAAUUAUUAUUCAACGCAAUAUUUGAGAAACGUAACAAUCCAACAACUUUUUCCAUGAUAAUUACAGCUUGUUUAGUUUUCUGUUUUCAGUGGUGUAACUUAUUUAAAUAUCGAAUCUUAUAAUAUUUUACCUACACUGAUUUAUAAAUUAUGUAGCAUAAAAUUAGACAUAAUCGGCCUUUUGGUACUAAUUAAAAAUAUAUUUAAAGUUACACGAUAUCUUUGCUUACUGUACCCGUCUAACUGUGAUGUUUAUAAAUUUAAGUUUUUCUUUUAGUUUGAUUCGAUAGGCUCAGAGCGUUCACACUUUCAAUUAUAGCUACACACACCGUUUCCAUAUGUAAUCAUGCCAAAAAUUCAGUAUAUCGUUAUAGAAUUUUUAAUACUGAAACGUUCAACGGUAGAAUUGCAUUUGUUAAAAUUUAAAAUUACUCAAUUAUGUUUAUACCUGUAUGUAUAAUUAUUUUAGUUUUCGAUUUUGUUAAUAAAACUUAUAUUUAAUAA